CCACGAGCCAGGCCAAGUUCACAGCUUCAGCCACCCGAUGCUACAUCCUCCCACCCCCUGGCAUCUUCAGGGGCUGCCUACUCCAGCCCAGUGCUUUCCAGUCUUCCCGCAGCUCCCAGGCAGGACCCCUCUGAGAUCGUAAAUGAAGGGUCCUCUCCUUCCUGGUGUCUCUGUAGAGAACCCUGGUCUUAAGAGAACGGAAUCAGAGAAACUGGGGAGCUAAAGGAGGAGUAUUCUGCAGGGACAGGAAGCCUUCUCCUCAGCUCUGAAAUCACACUUUGAACAUUCAGUUAAUAAACAAGUCUCAGCACCACCUGUGCACCAGGCUCUGCGUGCAACUGGCUCCCCGCUUUCCCGAAGCAAAAAGGCAGGCAGCCGCAUCCCCGCCUAAGGAUCUGCCAGCCACACUGGGCUGGAGGGCGAUGACGCCCGCAGUGCCAUUCUGGGAGAAUCCCACUCAAUUCUACCACCAUCUGCCCUCCACCAGCCCCGCCCCAUGGGAUGAGAGCUGGCCAGCAGCCCCGAGAGAGCACAGGAACGCUGGACACAGCCCUUCCACUCCUCCAGUGUCUGCCAUGUCCACUGAGGGAGGCUCCUCUCCCCUUCCCACCCGUCUCUAAAAUUGGGAAAGCCCUCUUGAGCCCCCCUCCCCAGCUUGGCCAGGGUCCCUGUGAGACUCACAUGGGCAAAAGCCUCUGGGGUGCCAUGGUUGGCCAUCGGGAGUAGGUGAGGCCCGGGGUGCCUGCCACCUCUCCUGGGCAGACCGGCCGCUCCAGUUCCUGCAUUCCUCGGCUGUCCCUCCCUGGGAGGAGGAUUUCACCCUAGGACGUGGGGUGGGGAGGGAGUCUUCUUGCUCCCUUUGCUCGGAUUUUCAGCAAAGGAGGGGUUCCCAUCCUGUGGCAAGGCUGCCGCUGGAGCUCUGUCCUCACGCCGACACAGCCUCGGUCCCGCCGCUUGUCCCAGCUCUGACGUGAGCCCCUUGGGCGGGUUGGCAGCAAGCUCUGUAGAAGGUGCGAGAGACAUGGCUGAGCAGCUGUCCAAAGAGCAGGCGGCCGAGUUCAUGGAGACCUUCCACAGAUUCGACAAGGACAAAGACAGUGCCAUCAGCACCCAGGAGCUGGGCGCCGUGAUGCAGGAGCGGGGCCUGAACCCGUCGGAGGCCGCGCUGAAGGGGUUCAUCGCCAGGGACGAUGCGGACGGGGAUGGUGUCAUCAGCUCCCAGGAGUUCCUGGCAGUGAUAGCCAAGGGGGUUCAGGCCCGGGCCAGAGCGGAUGACCUGAGGACAGCCUUUCACGCCUUCGACCUGGAUGGCGACGGCCACAUCAGCAUGGAUGAGCUCAAGCAGGCCAUGGCCCAGCUAGAGGUGUCCCAGGAGGAGUUGGACAUCAUGAUCCGGGAAGCUGACAUGGACCGGGACGGGCAGUGGGGGACACGGCCAGUAGACCCCCGUCUGAUGCCCAUGGACGAGGAGGCUGGUGAGCGCCACGGGGUGGGAGGGGGAUGGAGGGGGAUGGAGGGGGAUGGAGGGGGAUGGAGGGGACCCGAGGGUCUGCCUGAGCUUCUGGUCAGGACCUGAGGCCGGAGCCUGGACCAAGGGCUGGGACAUACCUGCACCACAAACAAAGUUUAUCAUCCUUUGCAUGUAGCCAACUGUUCUUCAGGCUCGAGCUAAAAGAAAAAGAUGCGUGUGUGCAUGCGUGCAUAUGUGAGCGCGUGCACGCACGCGUGUGUUUGUCCUGCCUUUGAGACAUGGGAUCUUCUACAGUGAAGGUGGUGGCCCCGGAGGACCGGCCCUGCCCCACCUGAAGGAGGGCAGGACAGGUGGGAACGGGAAGGACGAGAGGUGCUGUGAUGGGUAAAGGGCAGGGGGCUGCACUUGGGGGGGCGUUUCCCAGUCAGAUCUGAGGAGGACACGGCUCAGGGAGGAAGGGGCCCCCCCAGACCCCUUGGCUGCAGCCUCUCAGGGCCUUUUUGUGGUGGGGGGCUCUGAAGUGGCUCCCAGGCUGGGGAGCGCCCAUGGAGGGGUGGGGGGAGUCCAGAACAUGGAGAUGGGAGACGAGGGUCUGCCUGCAGCACCGCCCCCCGCGUCAAGCUGAGGUACCAUUUGAACUUGGGUUUCUGUGCUGUUGCUGUGUUUUUAAAAAACUCUCUUAGCCGGGGAAUUCCCUGGCAGGCCGGUGGUUAGGACUCUGUGCUUUCAUUGCCCAGGGCGUGGGUUUGAUACUUGGUCGGGGAACUAAGAUCCUUCAAGCCAUGCAGCACGGCUAAAAGAAAAAAACAAAACAAAACAAAACACAAACCAAAAAAAAAACAGCAACGAAAAUCAUCCUAGCCAGAGCCAAGACAAAGGUUCUCAGCGCAGGGUGGGGAGAGGCAGAACCCGCUUACCUGAGGAGUUAUUGCAAAAUACCUGCCCGGCCCUUUACCAUCCCCCUCAUUCCCGCACGUGGGCGGGUGAGUGACAGCUCUGUCCCAGUGCAGUGGGAGCAGUAUCACGCUACCCAGGUGCAGCUAUGGUAUCGAUGAAGUUGUUCCAUUUGGGGACAUUUUCAGUGGGUCACUCAGCCCCCCGUGACCUCACAGAGGGCUGUCCCGUCCAUCCUAGCCCUGACUCAGGGUCUGGCCGAAGUCCUUUCCUCAGGCCUGGGUUGGAGGGUGGGGAGACAGAAGAAAGGCAGGAGGCUCCUGUCCCUGAGGGUUCCGGCGGGGGAGGGGCUGGAGCAUCUGGAGGAGAUAAGACAGCAGACAAGAAGUGGGGCACAAUCAGAGGAGGGGACGGUGGCAGCAGCAGGCACCCAUCCUGGAUGGGGGUGGUUCCCCCGGGUGGUUCCCCCCCCAAGAAACUCCCCAUCCUCUUAGGGACGCAGGUCAUAGAAGUUAGUUUCUAAAUGAGAGGUUCCUAAAUGCCAGGCCGGUCCAGGAGGAAGUGUUCCAGGCUCUGUGUGGAAACAAGAAAAAUAAAGACGUUUUGACAAA